UUAAGCGAAAUGUUUAAUAUUUGGUAUAAACGUGCAUGCAACGAACUGUCACUUGGCAUAAAUAAAAACAGUUUUCUCGCAAAAUAUCAAGAAAUUUUUAAGAUUUUCGAAUUUAUUUGCUUGCAUUGUAUAAAAGAAGUUCGCUUUCCAGUUUAAGUUGUAGUUAGUUGAUGCAUCUGCCCGUUGUAGGAAUAAAAACAAACAAAAACUUCGAGAAUGCAGCUCGGGAUUGUAGCGGACACGAAGAUGCUGUGCCGGGUUUGCAUGGUACCCGUCGAGGAACAUCCGGCGAACCUGUACGACGACGCGUCCCCGUUCGGUCUGCCCAGUUUGCACGACAUGCUGCGGACGAUUUGCGCUACGGUGUUUGCGAAACCCGAAGCGGAAGCCAUCGUGCCGAACAUGCCGACCAUUGUUUGUCUGGUGUGUCGGAACGCGAUCGUGGCGGCCUACAACCUGCAUCAGCAGUGCAUCGAGACCGAUCGACGGCUGGGUGAGUUGGUAGCUUUGAUGUGGGAACUCCAAGGACCCGGCGGCGCCUCCGAGGCCGUGUGCCAAGAAGAACAAGGUCAGGUGCGAGAAAACAAACCAAUAAUCAAUGUAAACAAAACUUGUUUGGGUUGUGGCAAAACAUUUACAACCGGGGGGUCUUUGAAACGACACAAAAAUGAAGGCAGGUGUGAGGGUCCGAAUGGCUCUUUGGCGCGCACCUGUGUGAUCUGCUGUCAAGUUUUUAAGACGGUUAAGUUGUUGAGAAAACAUCGUCAAAUCCAUGAGGGCACCGAGGAAGCAGAGUCCAACGAGGCGGAGCUUCCAGCAGGAGAGUGGCUGAAUACCGAGCCAGUAGAUGUGAUAAAGGUCGAAGCGGAUGAAAACGAAGAAGCGGCCAACGAAGUAGGUGUUUUCAACUGCACCGAUUGCGGCAUAUCGUUCCCGUCCACCGCAUCGUAUCAAAAGCACACACUAGAAGCGGACACGAAGAUGCUGUGCCGGGUUUGCAUGGUACCCGUCGAGGAACAUCCGGCGAACCUGUACGACGACGCAUCCCCGUUCGGUCUGCCCAGUUUGCACGACAUGCUGCGGACGAUUUGCGCUCCGGUGUUUGCGAAACCCGAAGCGGAAGCCAUCGUGCCGAACAUGCCGACCAUUGUUUGUCUGGUGUGUCGGAACGCGAUCGUGGCGGCCUACAACCUGCAUCAGCAGUGCAUCGAGACCGAUCGACGGCUGGGUGAGUUGGUAGCUUUGAUGUGGGAACUCCAAGGUCCCGGCAGCGAUGAGAUUGGUGAGGUUUCCGAAGAUCCUCCCAAGAGCAGUAUCAAGGAGGUAACAAUCUCGGAGGAAACAUUGGUUGAGAGCGUUGAGAUCAAGGAUCAGUCUGCAAGGCAAGGUUGUUCACAGCGAGGAAACGUUGACGACAAAACUUGUGUGGAAUGUGGGAAGACGUUUUCAAGCCGGUGGACCUUGGUCAGGCAUAAACGGGAAGGUUGGUGUGAUAAGACGAACGACCCCAUGAUGCGCACGUGUGAUAUCUGCAAUAAGGUUUUAAAGACCGUUCAAUUGCUGAAAAGACAUCGUCAAAUGCAUGAUAGCAGACCGUGUCCUCCACUGUACUAUCCGGAACUUCCAGCUUCAACUCAAGAGCGUACAUUUUGUUUGGGGAUUGAGACAAGCACCUCCGAGGCCGUGUGCCAAGAAGAACAAGGUCAGGUGCGAAAAGACGAACCAGUAGUCAAUAAUAACAAAGCAUGUAUGCGUUGUGGCAAAACAUUUGCAACCGGUUGGACUUUGAAAAGACACAAAAAUGAAGGCAGGUGUGAUGGUCCGAAUGGCUCCUUGGCGCGCACCUGUGUGAUCUGCUGUCAAGUUUUUAAUACGGUUAAGUUGAUGAGAAAACAUCGUCAAAUCCAUGAGGGCACCUACAGCAUUGAGCAAGCAGAGUCCGACGAUGUGGAGCUUCCAGCAGGAGAAAAGAUCCCGUUGCUGAAUACCGAGCAAGGGGAUAAAAAUGAAGAAGCGGACAACGAUGUGGGUGUUUUCAACUGCACCGAUUGCGGCAUAUCGUUCCCGUCCACCGCAUCGUAUCAAAAGCACACACUAGAAGGCAAUUGCCAGGGAAAACAACUAUUUUCGUGCUCAUUAUGUGGACAAACCUUCGGUAAAGAAACAUGUUUGAAGUACCACCUGCGUAAUCAUAGAGCGCGUGUUGCUUGCUCGGGCUGUGAUCUAACGUUCAAAAACCGAGCGUAUAUGCGGUUACAUCAGAAACGUAAUCGAUGUUCAGAGAUUAAGAUGAGCACUUCGCAAGCCAUGCGCCAAGAAGAAAAUGGUGCUGAAGAGCAGAAACAAUCAGAGAAACAUCACCAGGUACAGAGAGAAGAAUCGAACGAAUCGCAACUCACAUCAAACAGAGCACACAAAAAUUACACCAAAGCCGGGAAUUGUCUGCGAAAGAUAAUUUACCCAUGUAAAAAGCACCACAUGUAUAGCCACAAGAAGCGCGUGGCUUGCUCGAAGUGUAGUGUCACGUUCAGUUACAGAUCUGGACUGGUGAGGCAUCUGAAGAAAAACCGAUGUCCAAAAAAUCAGAUGCAGGAAAACCAAGCAGGACAGCAAACGCCAACGUUUCCAUGCAAAAUCUGUGGUCAGAUUUUCCAUUCAUACACAAAAAUGUUGUACCACAGGCGCAACCACCAGAAGCGUGUGGCUUGUCCGCACUGCGGUCAGUUGUUCAGAAACAAAAACAUUCUGCAUGCGCAUAUCAGAGCAAGACGAUGCUUAAUCGACAGCGCAAGCAGUUCCCAGACCGUGGUGAACGAAGAAGCGUUGGAAAUUAUCAAAGUAGAGGAGCCUCAAAUCAUGGACACUUGAAUGCACACCCAAAAGUAGCAGCAACAACGAGAUAAAGAAGGUGGAUAUUGGGAGGAGCAAAACCCAAAAGAUACAAAAUAAAUGUAAAGAGUAAAUUUGCGUCAAACUACACAUGCGAUAAAAAUAAUUGUUGAGCAGCAGCAAUGAAUGCAGGAAGUUCAAGAUUUGGAGAAGGAAAUUAAUUGUUUUGAAAGUGUUUUCAAAAAUCGAAUGAUUAAUUUUGGCAUUUUUCAAUUAAAGAUUGUUGAUGAAAUAAGUGAAAGCUGUCUAUCUCGAAUAAGUUGUUACACAUUUUUUCGCAAAUUGAAAGCAUAAUUAAAAAUAAAAUAAUGGCAUAGCAGAGUAA